AUGAUUCCACCUGUUGUAGAUGUCGGGGUAGCAGCCCUUAAUGAUCCCAGGGUGGAUGGGAUCUUGCGUGUUUUGGAAGCAAUGGGUAAUAGAUUGGAUCAACAAGCUACUACUGUUGAAGCCGCUGCUCAGGCCGCCGCAACUGUCGCUAUUGCCGCCGCCACCGGAGUUGCCCCUACAGUCGCACCUGCUGCUGCGCCUACAGUCGCACCUGCCAUUGCUCCAACCGACGUGAAUGUUGAAAAUCCAUCGAAGAUAGUGGUCGCUACAAGAUCAAUCCAUAAGUUGGUGGAGCAUUUCCUAAAGUUAAAUCCGUUGUUGUUUACUGGGUCUGGGGAACCCGAAGCUACUUCUUCCUGGAUUCAGAAGCUCGAGAAAGCAUUUGCACUGCUUGUGUGCAACGAGGCUGAAAAGGUAAUGUUAGCAACUUACCAGCUGGAGGGAGUUGCGGACACUUGGUGGAUGACUACUCGUGAAAUGAUCUUUCCAGAAGGCGCUGUUCAGGACUGGAACACUUUCCGUGAAGCUUUCAACGAUAAGUUUUUCUCUGAGACCGCCAGAGAGGUGAAGAUGGCAGAAUUUCAACGUCUUCGCCAAGGUUCCCUAUCUAUUGAUGAGUAUGAGGUGAAAUUUGCUGAACUUUCGCAAUAUGCUCCCGAGUUAAUUGAGAAUCCUGUGAACCGAGCGAGGAGGUUCAGAGAUGGAUUCAGGCAAGAUUUGAGAAGCGCCUUAGUUCUUCUGAUCUGA